GAAGAUCUGCAAAGCUCAGGGAUUGAACUGGGACGUGCAGCUCUCAGAGAAGGCGCAGGCCAUGAGCGGACGCUUCCCAGAGGAGCUUCGAAAGAAGUGGCUCCUCGAUCGACUGCUGACCUACGAGCUUUAUGUGCAGGAGACGCGCCCCGCUCCGCGGGGACCGUCUGUGCCGCCUGUGCGCCGGGAGGUCCGGCCCGACCCAGAGCUGGAUGGCGAUCCCUUUGAUAGAGAUGAUGAAGAUUAUGCUGCGCUCGUAUCGCAGGACACCAUGCUGCCG